AGAGAAAAAAAGAAAAAAGUAGAAUGGCAGAUGCUGUUGCGAAUGUGUUUCUGGAAACCCUUCGUGAUUUGCUGGUUGAAGAAACUAAGUUUCUGCUUAGUGUUGGCGGUGAUGUUGACAAAGUCAAAGCAGAUCUGAGAAGCAUCCAUGCCUUGUUGAUGAAAGCAGACAGAGAGAGACAUGAUUCUCCAACUCUAAAGCUUUACAUUUCCCAACUCAAAGAUCUCGCUUUCAAAGCUGAGAAUCUGCUUGAAACGUAUGCCGUUGAAGUUCAAUCCAAAAGGGAAGAAGGGCGGAGGAGCCUCAAAGAAUAAAUUCAAAGGUACAUUUGCAUAAUUUGUGAGUGUAACAGUAUCCACGAAGUUGGAAAUGAGGCUCGCGACAUAAUAUCUGCCCUGGCCGACCUCACUAAAAAGUUAGAGUCGGAGUUGGAUCAUCAAGGCUCAUCAUCUCAUUCCAAGCAGGAAGCUGAGCAGCAGCGUCUGUUGAGACAGACGUAUGCUCAUGAGGUUGAGCAUGAUUUUGUGGGCAUGGAGAAAGACAUCCAGCUUUUGGUCUCCAAGGUGAAGGAUGAAACCAGAAGGAAACGAGUAGUGAAGAUAUAUGGGAUGGGUGGUCUCGGAAAAACUACUCUCGCCAGAAAGGUUUACAACCACACAGACCUCCAAUCUUAUGCCCGAGCAUGGGUUUGCAUCACCCAACAGUUUGAACAUAAGGCGGUUUUCGGAAAGAUUUUGAAACAACUUGACAGCAACGUAAACGUUGAUGGCUUGGAAGUUGAGGAUUUGGUCACGAGAAUUCAAAGUUGUUUGAAGGAGAGGAAAUGUCUGGUGGUGAUAGAUGAUAUAUGGGAAGAUGUUCAUUGGGAGAUCAUAAAGCAAGCUUUUCCGCUGAAUUGUGAUGUCAUUCUCACCACUCGUAAUGAGGAUAUUGCUAAUCAACAAUCCGAACCUCACAGGCUGGAAUUUCUGACAGAGGACGAAGGUUGGACUUUACUUCAAAAAGUAGCAGAUAUUUCUCCAGAUGACCCGAAUAUAAAAUCAUUUGAAGAUAUUGGAAGAAAAAUUGUAUCAAAGUGUGAAGGGUUACCACUAUCAAUUUGUGUUAUUGGAGGGAUUUUGCGCAAUAAAGUGCACACAGAAUGGAUAAAUCUGAACAUAGAAUCACAUCUGAAGCAUGGAAAAGGUGUUGGAAAAUAUGAUAAAGUAAAUCAGGUGUUGGAGUUGAGCUAUGAUGCCUUACCUUAUUACUUGAAACCAUGCUUCCUCUAUUUAGCAUGUUUUCCUGAAGAUCACAAGAUUGAUAGAGAGAAACUGUAUUUAUUGUGGAUGGCAGAAGGCUUCAUUUCCUACCAAGAUAAAGAAGCUAAUGAGACUCUAAGAGAUGUGGCUCAAAGAUAUCUAAUAGAACUUGGUAUGAGGUGUAUGGUUCAACUGCAUGAAGCUUACGCCUACAGUACUCCACUUGAGAAAUAUGUCUCGUGUGGGCUUCAUGAUUUAAUGCAUGAUCUCUGUUCUUCUAAAGCUGAAAAGGAAGAGUUUCUGAUGCGUAUUGAUGCUUCCAAACAUCUAACCGACAUUCUUUUACCAACUCGAAUAGCCAUCAGUUAUGACCCCAGUAGUAACCCAAGUAUAGAUGGGUUAAAGGAAGUUAGAGGUCUUAGAUCUUUUAUUGUUCUCCCAAAACACUAUUAUCCUAUACCAACCAUGGGCUUCAAAGAGAGUAUGGUUAACUUUAAGAUGUCGCAAUACUUGAGGAUAUUUGUGGUAGAAGGUUGUGAGUUUGAAGGGGGAAAGUUACCAAUCAAGGUGGGUGAACUAAUUCAUUUGAGAUACUUGAGUUUGAGGCUUUCUAAUGUGAGAGAGCUACCAAAGUCUAUAUGCAGCCUGCCAUACUUGCAGACCUUAGAUUUGCGAUGCGCUUUUAUUAGAUUGCCAAAUGUGAUAUGGAAGAUGAAAAGACUAAAGCAUCUAUUUCUCAAAGCUGAAAUACAAGUGAUUGGAGGGGAGAAACUAAAACUAGGUGGGCUACAAGAGUUGGAGACAUUAGAUAAGAUCAGCAGUAAGACAACUUGCAUUGCAGAUAUCCCUACAUUGAUUAGUCUACAGAAGAUUCAUGUUUAUGUUAGUGAUGUGGAUAGCCUGUUAAUUGUAUUGAACAACAAAAACAGCCAAUUACGUGAGAAUCGGCUUUAUGUUAUGUAUUGUGAUUUCAGUUCGGAGAAAGGUAGAGAGGUUUUGAAUGACGGGUUGAUGUCUCCUUCGUUGGUUAGUUUGGAGAUAUGGAGCUGCAAUAUGGGUAGCAGUUUUCCAUACUACGAACCAGAGAUGUGUCAGAAUUUAGUAAUGUUGAGCCUUAGAGAAUGCAAGGUUAAGGUAGAUGUGAAGGACUUUGGCAAGUAUCCCAUGUUGCAAGAGCUAUGGUUAGAGAGAGUUGGGAUGGAAGAAACAUUAACUUGCCACUCAAAUUCAUUUCCACAACUCCAGACACUUGUAUUAUUUGAUUUGCACGAUUUAAAGGUAUGGGAAGCAGAGGAAGGAGCAUUGCCAAAACUUACUUCCUUGAGUAUCUCUGGGUGUCCCUUUUUAAAGGUAUGGGAAGUAGAAAAAGGAGCAAUGCCAAAACUUACUUCCAUGAUUAUCACUAGGUGCCCCAAUUUGGAGAAGCUUCCAGAUGGUUUGAGAUCCAUCUCCACUUUUCGAAGAAUGACUAUCCGCUUUAUGCCAUGGGUAUUCAUGGCGAGAGUAAAUAAAGAAGAUUAUGGGCCAUUUGUCGAGAAGGAAAUUGAUAUGGAGGCUAUCUACUAACCAUAAGCAGUCGAUAAAAGAGGGUUGAAGCAAAGAUGAUAACAAAAGUUUGAUUCCUGGUGAAGCCUCUCUACAUUUACUUAUUUGCAUUUAUUGACUCAAUUGAUACUCCAUAAAACUUUCUUGAUUUUGUUCAUGUACUCUCAUAUUAAUAAUAAGGCUCUCCAGCGCACACUCCCGACUCACCACGAGCCACCUACAUCAGCUCCAACACAUCUGCUCUAUUUUGUGUCUUGUUAUCGAGUCGGUUAUUUAUUUCCAUCCGGGUUUUCUUUGUGGUUCUUUCCCGGAUCAGAUUACGAGAGUCGAACCACAUAGGAUUAGGUUUGUUUUUCCAUUGUAAAAAAAUCUUGUUGUUUCCAUCAUUUCAAUUGAGCAAUAACAACUUAUCUUAUUCAAA